AUGAGAUACCCGUCUGGCUCACUCCGGAUACAACCGGAUCAUCUAAAUCUUCCCCUUCUGCAAGGGCUUGCAGCAUUGCCGCUCCUGGUUGAGCUCAGUAUCGACGUCAAUUCGAUGGCCAAUGAUGUUGUCACCCGCCUUGGAUUCAAGAUGUUGCAGACGUUGAGGAUUGAUGGCGAGAUCUUUACUACCAUGCGGUUCUUGUCCAUGAUCUCCUCCCCGUUUAUCCACACUUUCUCGGUCGACAUUGCGGUCCAGGAGGACGCCGAAUCACUCCGCUCUCUGUCAGCAAUGAUAGCUGCCAAAUUCCCUUCUCUGUGCAAUCUGCAGUUUCGUGCAACGGGUUUCGGAGCGGAGGAUCUGCCACUAUCAGCAAUUAUCGAAUCCCUCAUGUCGUUGCGCAGUCUUCGCGUCAUAGACCUGACACCUUUAAAGGGCAUGUCAUUGUCAAACCAAGAGCUCGUGGACAUGGCCUCUGCUUGGCCUGAUGCAGAGGUAUUAUCAAUCUGGGGCACGGCUACGUCAGUGGAUGCGGGGCAUGUCCUUACUGCAUUCGCCCGCCUCUGUCCGAAUCUCAAAGACUUCAGUCUGCCGUACCUGAACUUCGAUGCACUUCCAUCACCGGACUCUUUGUCUAAUAUUUCUGCGGUCGGACACUGUCUACGCACCCUCAGGUUCAAUGCUUUGUUAAACGACUCGGUCCCAGACCCGUCUGCGGCGGCACAUUUUCUCGACGUGAUCUUCCCAGAACUUGACCUCAAGAGGGCGAUAGCUUAUGAAGUGGACGUAAAGAGAGACUUCCGUUCUCCCGAUGAAUCUAGAUGGAAAAAGGUGCUGGAGCUUCUAGCUUCCCUCCGGCGGGACAGGGAGCAUCGGCUAGACCAAGUUGAAAGUUCGUGA